AUGGCCGAGCAGGGCCAAAGGAAGGAGGACCUUCACCUUGACAAACACGAUAAGGAGAUCGACCUGGUCAACAGGGACCCAAAACAUCUCAAUGAUGAAAUUGUUAAAGUGGAGUUUGAAGAGGUGGUUGCCGAGCCAGAGGGCUGGUACAGUUUGGCUCCGGUGUGGAGGUACAGUCACUCGGCCUUCACCGUGUCGGGAUACUGGGGUUACCGGAUACUCACUGCCCUGUUCGGGAUCCCCAUGGCCGUGCUCUGGGGCUUCCUUUACGCCUGGGUCUCCUUCUGGCAGGUGUGGGCCGCAGUUCCCUGUCUCCGCUGCUACCUCCUGGGGCUGGAGUGCCUGGCGGCCACCUUCCCGGUGUGUAUCCGGGGAAUCUGUGACCCCCUCUUCCACGCGGUGGGUGCUAUCCUGCUCAACAUGCGACUGGCUCUCAGGAAGGACAGUUAA